AUGGUGCAGCCACAGGAAGCAGGCAUUUGCACAGAGGACCUCGAUGUGCAGGCAGAGAUCGUCAACUUGCAUAAUGCCUUGAGGAGUAACGUCCAACCGUCUGCCAAAAACAUGCUGAAGAUGCGUUACAGUGCCGAGGUGGCAGCCAGCGCUCAAGCCUGGAUUGACAAUUGUCAACUGGCACAUGGACCAAACACCUCACGCAUCAUAAAAGGAUACGAACUCGGUGAGAAUCUGCACGAAUCGACUGAGAUCAAAACUUGGACUGAAGUCAUCAAUGCCUGGUACGCUGAGAGGGGAAGGUAUACGUAUCCCAGAGGGGUCACCUACCCUACUGGUCACUACACACAGGUGGUGUGGUUCAGCUCCUAUGAAGUUGGUUGUGGAGUGAAAUUGUGUAACGACGUCUACUUCUAUGGCUGCCAUUACUACAGAGCGUAUGUUAAAACCAUAUUGUGA